UGUUUGGCAGGGCAGAGGAUCCUGCUCCUCUCCCCGGCUGCAACAACGCAGGAGGAUUAGCCUCCUUUGUUUGGGUGACUUUUAAAAAAUGUCUAGGGUCCUCAGUGGAAUGCUUUUUAUGACUGAGUGAGGUGUGUGUGUGUGUGUGUGUGUGUGAGUGUGUGUGUGUGUGUGUGUGUGUGUGAGUGAAACAGAGGGGAGGGGAAAAGAGGGGCCUGGCUCGAUUGUCUGCUCAUCAUAUGACUACAGUUCUAGCUCUUGCGCUGCUGACGGAGGUAAAAAAAGGGGAAAAGGUAGCCCCUGCCAUUCUCGGAACGGAGCCCUCCCACAUGCCUGACAAGCUGUCGCUGCACACUCCACUCUCACAAACGGCCUGCUGGGAUAUCUCAGUCUUAAGUCUCGACAGACGGUUUUGGUUCUAGCGGUGGGUCCUGACUCUUCCGCUGCUGUGUGGCCUCCAGACGUGGACUGAUGUGAGAUCAGCUCUGUGACAGCGUCUCCUUUCCCAGUGACUCCCGCUCCGCCAUGGGCAACGAGACCAGCGCUCCGGACGUGCCGCCACAAGAGGGCGCUUCUGACAACGUGGUGCUCUUCCCUCCUCACACUGACCAUUCUGAGCCUCCACAUCAGGCUGAAGUUCACACAGAAGGACCUGCAGCGGAGACGAGGGACAGCAGCAGGGCUGAAAACGGAGCUGUCCACACCUCGCUGCCCACUGCCGCCCAAGGAGAGGACGCACCGCCGCUGCCACCACGGGGCAGCCCGUCGCCACGGCCAACACGCCCUGCCGAGGACGAGGACCGCUGGGGCCAGCGGGCGGAGGAGAGGGAGGAGUUUGAGUUUCCGCAUGACCUGCUCCCCAGCACCGACCUCAGCACCGAGCUCGACCUCUGGGGCACAUCUCUGGGGAAUGAACAGGCAAGCUCAGGUGGAAUGAAGAGUGAGACAGUGACACUGUCUGGCCCAGCAAACCCUCUCUUGGCUGGGCUGAAGCACUACGUGGAUGUGAGCCCACCGGUCCUGGGCAUUGUGAAGAGCAGCCCACGGAGUGACCCAGUUCUCAGCGGCAGCCCCUCGUCCCCGACUGGCUCUCCCUCUCGGCUUGCGGAGGAACAGCAGCCCACCCCGCCUCUGUCCUCAUCCGAGCAAAUUAACUUGGAGCUCCAAGCCGCCUUCCAGGAAUGCGAGCAGCAAAUGGCCGCGCUCGGAAUGUCCUGCCAAGCAACAGACACAGCAGGGCCCGGCCUAGCCGCUGGCAGGUAUCCGCCGCCCGAGGCCGCGAUUAAAAAGGAAGGGAAAAGAAAGAGAAGGAAGAAGAAAGGUGUGAGUCAGAGGGUGGCAGCAGCCCAGCCGGGGCGUGAGACAGAUCUCCAAGGCAACAGUGGAACUCAGUCAAGCAGCGAGGCUACUGGGCAGGAGGAGCCGGUCAAUUUCAGUUUCAAAAGCUACAUUUUGGGCUACGAUAAUAGCAGUGGACAGGACAAAGAGCCUAAAGAUUCAAAGGUGAGUGGAGCCACAUUAAAACAAGGGGCAGCCUGUCUGACCAGGACUGAGAUAGGAUCAGAGGCUGAAACAAACACAGUAUUGAAACAGGAACAAACCGAUAUUUGUUUACAGCCAGAGACUGAAGAAAAAGCCUGUAGCAACACAUCUGAGGGAAUGCAAACUCACCAUUCAAAACUACCUGCAAAAACAGAUGGCCCUCUGGCAAUAGUAAAGGAAAAAGAUGAGCCUGUGCAGAGAAGUGUAGGCAGUGAAGCCAGUACAAGCUUUCCCCCAGACUUUGCUCCAGUAGAAGACAGCGUUCCAUGCAACACAGAGCCUAAGAAAGAAGCAGAUUCAGUUAAGGGCUCGGAGACAGACAACACGGCAGCUGUGGGUGAGCUGUCACAGGUUGAGUCAAAGCAGCUCUCGGAAGCAGCCAUCUUCCCAGAGACAGCCUCCUUCACAGCCCCAGCCCCGCGUUCGGACACGCGUGUCGACGAGCAGACACACUCACAGGCCGAGACGCAGACACAGCAUGCUCUGGCACAGACACACAACACCGAGACAAAAGACAACAAAUUGCCCGGGGCCAUCGCGCAGUCCCCUGGGGAGUUGGGGUCAGAUUCACAAGAACAGCUGAGGCCCCAGAGGGAGGAGGGAGACAUCUGCCCCCCAUCCCCAACCUCCACGUCCACCCAAGCUCAUAUUACCCUCCCUGAGAGUUCACCUGCCCUCUCAUUGGCCUCCGCUCCUGCACUGAGCCAGCCAGCUGACCACAGCCAGACAGAUGGGUCUCACACAGACACAUCAGAGCCGGAAACCCCACCCUGCUGCGACCAGUCAAUAGCUGGGGUGGGGAGUGACCAUAACGCGGCGAGGACAUCUGCCUCCGAGACCGUGCCGAUUGAUCCAAGCUGCCCCGGAGCUGCCGAUGAACAUAGGGCUCUUGAGGGAUCACAGCCAUUGACAUGUACGACACAUCAGAGCAGCAGCAGCAUACUUCCUGGAAAGUCGGAAGAUGAGUCAAACAAAGAAAGAUUAGACAGUCAGUGUCAGGUUGAAACACAGCAACAAGACCAAAGUAAAGCAUUUGCGGUUAACCAGGAGAGAGCAGCACCCCACAACCAAGAGAAAACACUCACAAAGGAUGACACACAUUUAACUCACCCACAGGAAGCACUCAGUGAUAACCAGGCGGACAGCAGUUCUAUUAGCCCACCUGCCCAGCUGAAAAUAGAGCAGGAGGAGAAAGAAACUCUGAAUAAAGAGCAAAUGCUCUCUCUGGACCAGCAAACCUUCCUCCCGGUCCAGUCCGCUGUGGGAAAUGAGGAGGAGGAGGAGGAGGAGAGCGCCCUUGAAGAGGCUUCUGUGCAGGCUGCUGCUGAUUCCACCGCGUUGCCACUGACAACACCCACGAUGCCAGAAAUGAUAGAAAGCGAGGGAGGGCGAGAGAAAGCGAGCGAGGCGGACGCAACACUAAAAACAGUGUCGGAUACGGAGACAGCGGUCGGAGCGUUGUGUCGUAGUGAGUCGCGCGAGCCUCUGAUCCUGACAGGCGAGCAGGAUGAGAGUGAAAGCCUCCCUCUCAAGGAGCCCGAGCCCUCGUUAAUCUACACUCAGAUUAAUUGCUCACCUGCAUUGAAAGCGGAAGAGAAGGAAACUGCACUUAACAGUGUCUGCAGCAGCAGCAGCAGCAGUAAUAGCAGUAGCAAUAGAGGCAGUCAACUGCCAGACAACUCAGUGGAGAGUGAGGGAAAGGGAGGGGGACAGCCAACAAACAGCUCCCUAGGGACCGACGCGCUCUCACCAGCUGAGGAAGGAGAGACAAAAUCACUCCCGACGGAAAACCAGAUACUGACCAGCACCAGCACUGACCCUCCAGGGCUUCAGAGAGGACUCACCAGCCAGGACGAUAGCGCAGGAAGAUUGGAGAGAGUGGGAGAGAGGGACAGAGAGAGACUGACAGAAAAGCAGGAGGAGGAGGAGGAGAAGGAGAGGGGGGAGCAGGGAGGAGGAGCGCAGACUUCACUCAGACAGCCAGCAGUGGGUCCGGCCAGUGGGGUGUCACUGACGACGACAGCGGCAGACACAGAGACGUGUCCGCUCCGCGACGCUGCCACAGAGCCACAGGCGGAAUCGCCGCACCACCAACACCAGAGCAGCGGUGAGCUCAUCGCUCUCAUCUCUGCCGAACGGGGCUCUCUCCCUCCUCCUCUGGCUGGUGGCGCAGGCAGCUUGGACUCGUCCAAUCACUCUCCGCCUCCCCCAGCUCAAACAAACUCUGCCGAUUUGCAGAAAAAAGAAGCAGAAGGGGAGAGAGAGGCUGAGUUGAAUCGGUGCCUGAGCACAACAGCAGAAAAGGAGGGGCCAUUCAGUGCCUCUUUGCCACCCAGAGAGGAGGCUGGAAUACAGAGGGCUUCUUCAGUCGGUGCCAGCCAGCAACAGGUAGAUCAGCCUUGCGACUCGCCGCAGCUACUGGACACCGGGGGCCCGCAACCCCCCGAGAGCACGACGUCGAUAGCGCGGCAGCCUGGCAAGCCUCAGGCCAGCAUGUGGGAGGCUAUUGGCAGCUACAGCAGCGCAGGGAGCAUCUUGAAGGCGAAAGACGGGAGAAGCUCGCCGGCCAUGCCCAGCAUCACGCCGGUGGUCUGCGCCUCCUUGCCCCCGCUGAUGGUGCACGAGAGCCUGCGCCACCCGGUGACGGAGACCACCUUUGGCCUCCAGGAGUACUUGGGGGCGCCGAAGCCCGAGGUGCCCCCUCAAACACGGCCGCAAACUGCAGGCGAGAGUCCCACGGAGCUAAAGAAGCCCCAGCAUGAGAGCAGUGCAGAAAAAGAGCCUGGAGCAACAGAGAAAGAGAAGCAGCCUGGAGGUGAAACAGCGAGUGCUAGUCUCGCGGAACCCAGCCAGGGGCCAGACAAGCGGGCAGCAGAGUCAGCUUCCUCUGCUGAAAAGACAGGAGAGGCACCGGACGCAGCUCUGCCUGCUUCUCGGGAGAAAGGAAGUCAGGAAGUGUGCGUCGAUGUUUCACUCAAAGCUGAAAGUCAAAGUGCUGACUCUUCCAAGGAUGGUGCUGAUGGGGGUCAAAGGUCAGAGGCUAUAGGGGUCACAGGUGUUAUGGCAGCUAACCGCAUGGCUGGUUCAGAAUACAGCAUGAGCCAAGGGGAUAUCACAUGCCAGGAAAGAGAAGAACGCAAACAUGAAGGUGAUUCUGAAUGUCUGAAGACUAGCAAUGAGCAGAAAGAGGAAAGUAAAAAAGCAGCUGAUGUCGUUGGGUUGAUAAAUAAUCAUGUUGAAAGAGAACUCAGCAAAAAUGCAGAAAACACUGAUUGCUUAGUAAAUGAUGGAGUGAUUAAAGAAAUCCCUGAAGAAAGAAAGCAUGCUGAUGACUCAGAAAGAAUGAAUGGGCAAAAUGAAGAGAGCCGGCAAAAAGCGGAUAAUGAGAAUUUGAUUAAGGGUGAAAUGGUAGAAAAUGAUGUUGAAUCUAUAUAUGCUGAUGCUGAAAGCCUGGUGGAGCUUCAAAAGAAAAGUAGUAAACACGAGAGUGAAGCUGGAAAUUUGGCCUCAGAGUCAUCAACAAUGGUGCCAGCGGAAACAGCCCCAGCUGAAUCAGAGUCUGUUAAGUGUGAUUUACAGCCUGUCGUCUCCGCUGCUGUUGAUCCCAGCACGGACAGCGCUGCCACAGAUGAUGCUCUCAGAUUUCCACCUGACGCUCCCCUGGUUCUGCGACCCUCCGUGGAGGUGACACCUGACAAACCACCUGUGACCUCAGGCAAAUUAGAGACGCCGGUCAUUACCGCUGAUGAGACUGAUUCAAUAAAGCUGCACAGCGCGGUCAGCCUACCUAUGCAAAAAUUGGACCCUCUGCCCUCAACUGGCCCGAGCCCGGAGGCUGCCGUGGCGACCGAGCCGGCUGCCGUGCCAACCAUUGUUCUGAAGCCUCCAGGCCCCAUGCUGAGUCACUGGGAGCUUGUAAACGAGUGCGAUAUCACCAGUGCCAGGGAGGAGAAGGAGAAGGAGGGGAGUGGGGGACAGCUUCCCAGCACCACCAGCGCAUCUAAUGGCCCAUCACGUACCGAGGAGAGGCAGGAUGUAGCUCCAAUGACGCACGCCAUUAUAAGUAAGGAUGCAGCCAACAGGAGUGCCAGGGAUUAUGACUCGGCACAAGGACAGGGGGAAACGGAGAGAAUCGCUGCUGACGCUCCUUUUGCACCUGUGAAUACUGUAUCAGAGGAGAGGAAUUCUCGCUCUGGAGCGCACGUCUUCUCCAGCAGCAGCGCUAACGCUGAGGAGAUAAGACCGUGUGACAGUUUGUCAGGGGGCGGUGGUGCAAAGUCCGUCUGUGAUACAGGAAGUCCGCGGUCAGAAGCCACCAGUGAGAGUGUGUCACUCCCUAAUAACAGUCAAACUGAAGACUCAGUCACUGCAGUCAUUUUGCCUAUACUCCCUAGCAACAGUCAGGCUGAAGACUCAAUGACUGCAUCCACUGGGAGCAUACCACCGGUCAGUGGCCCAGACGCAAAACCUGACAGGACAGAGGAACCACUCGAAGACGAGCAGGCCUCUGCAGCAAAAGUAAGCAUUUCUGAGAACUUGUGCGAUGACAAAGCAUUUAACACCCCUUCAUCUGUUUCAACAGACAGCGCAGACACAAAGAGCCACGUAAAAGAGCCCGUUAUGGUGAAUGUUCCGGACCAUGCUGACCAGUCCCUCAAGCGUGACCUCAUCAGUAGUGGUCAUAGCAUCAGCACUGAGCAACCAGCCAGUAUGCCCUCCAGCAUAAACAAAGAAAUAAUACAGCAAGGGAGGGGGGAACUGGAGGAAAACCUGCAAACCUGUAUAGGAGCAGCAAACACAAACAGGCUUGAGGCAGAGAGUGUUCAGGGAGUUCAGUCUGAAUACAAGCAGGAGGAGGGUGAGAAUAAACAAACAUGGAGCGUGUUGAACGAAACCGAGGGAAAACAGACCAACUCAGCUGAGCACCUGGGAGACACACAGGAGAAAACGAACAUGUUGGAGAAGCAGCGAGAGACUGAUUCCAAGCAAGGAGAGGGUAGAGUCGAAACACAAACAGAGAAACGGGGGGGAAUGCUCGAAAGCGUUGAGAAUGACGGAAAAGUAAACACAGAAGAGAAACGGCGAGACUUGCUGACUCCUGACAAAAGCGAGGAAAACAAACAACCGUCUGACACCGGCUCUGCGCAGGCAGACUCGGGCUCGGCCGAACGGGUGGUCAGCCGAAGCGAGGUCCUAAAAGAGUCCACUCAUCCGUCCUCAGAUCAGAGCUUCUCCUCCUCAGAGUCACCCGCUGAGAUUCGCUCGGACAAAGCCCCGAGCGAGGCCGACUCGGCACGUGUCCUACAGAUCAACGCUCAGCCCCAAGAUCAACAGGAGGAGAAGCAGCAGCAACAGCAGCAUGAUCAACAGAAGCAGCCAGAGCCUGAGAGUAGCAUCACAGAGGGGGUGUCAGAGCAGUGUGGAAGUGUGUGUCCGGCGCUGGAUGACCAUCGCGCCUCGCCGCAGCAGGCCGAAGAACCAGCCGAGGCCGGGGGCACCGGGGGCAGCCAGACACCUUUGGAGGAACAGCUGGAGCAGGUUGAGCCCAGCCCAGGAGGAGAGAGAGAGGAGCGCGGAGUUGGUGGAGGAGUAGGAAUGCCCCCGACUCUGGAUCUCCCCGUGUCCGAACCCACAGUCAGUGGGGAUCUCUCAUCUCACGUGGACGAGAAGGGCUCCAGUGACGUCACAGCGGAAGAGAGGGAGGAAGGUCAGAAGUCAAAGGUCACGACAACAGUUAAUGAGGGUGAGGAGGUCAAGCCGGAGAGGCAAGAGAACACUGCUGCCUCUGUGUCACUAGGAGGUGACUGUGAACCGGCAGCGUGUGCUGCAUCAUCGCAGGCCGGCGAGACAGAGCAUGAGGAGACACACAUACUUUACCCGAAUAAGGCCACCGAGGAGCCUGUGACAGACACCAGCUCUCUUCCCGUUAGCGGCAGCCCCUCUCAAAGAGAGUCACAGCUUCAAACGGACGAGCAACAGCUAUUCAUUCAAGUCACCCAAAGCAACAGCAACAGUUACAUCAGUCAGGCUUCUGGCACAACACAAGAGGCCCCUGUUCCCAUAACCUUUGAACCCGAGGAGCGGGAAACGGCUCCCAUUCGACCUCCCACUGACCCUCCCUCUGUUUCCCCCAGUGAGGCUCCCCAGCACCCAGUCUUGGACGGCAAAGGCGAGAAUGUUCUCCCUGGCGGUACUGACACAAACGCAGAAAGCUCCUUUAAAGGGGAGUCCGCUGCAGAGCCACAGGCCUGUCGUACUGAGCCUGCAGUAGCAUCUGCAGCUCCCACGCAGCAGAACCAAAGUGUUACGGCAAAACUGGAGCAGCGGGGGGUGGAGGACACAUCAACCCCUCCACCCCCGACCGAGAAAGCAGACGCGGGGGAGCUGGUGCAAAACAUAGCUGCUGGCUCCACACAGAUGCUCCCCGAAGCACAGAGCCACAGGCCGAGCCCAGACAUCAAACAGCAGGCCAGAGCCAGUGAGGCCGAGGCGGCUCCGAAUAGCGAGAGCAGGAAGGAAGAGAUGGGGCAGAGGGAGGAGGAGGAAGGCGAUAAGACGGACGAAAACAGGAAGCUCGUAAAAUCAACCGAGGAUGCCUUCACUGGCGUCUCAGUGUUGUCCAGUGAGAAAGACGUUCUCCCACAGGAUGGCAGAGGGGGAGAGUCCUCUGUGUGUCAUGUUGUCCAGAAGGUGGAGGAGAGCGCAGUACUGUCUACCAAACCAGAGAACACUGUCUCAUGCCAAACAGUCACAGGUGAUGGUCAAGAGGAGAAGGGGCUGGUCACAGACACCUCUCCUGCUCCAAAAGCCGUCCCAGAGUUCCCAGACACCAUUCCAGUCACGAGUCAAUCUGUUUCCUUGGCAACUGAUACCCCAGACAGCUCUGCCACUACAGUCGGUUAUGACUCCAAGUCUGACCUGAAUCUAAGACCCUCAAAAUCUUUUAUUGAAAUGCUACGUGAAGGUGCUUUGGCCACAGAGCCCCAAGACCCGAGGUCAAACUCCACUGAUAACAAAUCCGAAACCUCAAAUGACGAUCUGACCUCUGCCCCUAUCACCAGAGAUGUGAAUGUAAACAGAGGUAGUGAUAGCAAAGAUGCCUCGGCUCCGGCCCCAGUCUCAGGUCCAGAGCCAAGGCCAGGGUCAGCAGGGUCAGCAGCCCCUGGGCCAGAGAGCCAGGCUGAGGAGCCGUGCGGUGGCACAGACUGGCUGAGGGCGCUCAAAGACGCCGCAGCACAGCAGGCACACGCUGACCAGCACCACACAGCAGCAGGCUACUCUGAGAAAAGCACUGGAAGCAGACCGAUUCCGUCCCUGGACUCUCCUCAAGGUGAAGAGUUCCGCACCCCCACUGAAGAGAUCGCUCCUCCUGUGGUAGAGCCCGCAGAGGAAGCCCACUUGGAUUCCAGGUCCUCCUCACCCCCUCUUGUUGAGAGGAACGACUCCGUCCCUCCCUCCCCGAAACCCCCGGCGGACCACCACGCCUUCCCUCCUGCCCUGCCCGCUCAUCUCUUCCGGGACGCCGCUGAGUUCCCCACACCUCCUCCCACCCCUCCGGACAGGAACCCCCCAGCCUCGGCCUCGGAGCCCGUUCCCCCCCCUCCUGCAUCUCCUCCAUCUCCUCCUCCUGCUGUUGUCCCUGAAGCCCCCUGCGCCCCACCACCACCACCACCACCACCUCCUCCAUCGCCUCCUCCACCACUUUCACCACCUCCACCUCCAGCCCAGGACACAGAGGAGUGGCCGCCCAUCCCCUCUUUUGUCAGGAGCUCUGACUCUGACGGAGCCUUUGAAACCCCUGAGUCCACCACCCCAGUGAAGGUUGCGUCCCCCGUGCUGCCUCCUCCUGAAGCAGAGUCCUUCUCGCAGUCUCUGCUGUCUGAAGACACCGGUGUGUUUUCUGGCUCAGCCUCUGCGUCAGUAGCGGACGUCACUCUCACUGAGGCCGCUGCUGAAGACACCACCCACCCAGGGCAACUCAGCCGCUCCGACUCCAUCGGCUUCGACGAGAACAAGCCCAUCGCCGCCAGCGGAGCCUACGACCUCGACCGCCUCCUAGCCAACGAGUUCCCCGAGUCCGCUUUCCAGGCAGCGCCAUCCAGCCGGACCCCCCUGGCCCGCUCGCUCAGUCUCCAGGCGGGAGAGCUUGACCAGAGCCCAGGCCCCGAGGAUAAGUCCAAGUUCGGGUCGGAUAAGCUUCUGAACCAGCAGGCCGAGGCCUUCAGUGUGGGCACAGAGAGUGCUCCUGGGACUCUCCGCCGGGCCAAGAAAACCCGACCGGGCUCCCUGAAGAAGAAGCCCCUGUCCAGGCAGAACUCCAACCCGGAGAGCACCUCGCCGAAGUCCGUUUCCUCCAGCAGCACCCCGGAGGGGAAGAAGAAGGCCAAGCCCAGAGCGGAGAGCCCCCUGCAGGCUGCUGAGGAGCAGUGCGGCUCCUCGGCCACCCCGAGCCCCGGGGGAACUCUCCGGAGGAACCGGGUGAAACCACGAGUGGACAGUCCUCCGCCUCUGGUAGAGGAGACCACCCCUCCCAGCCCUGCUCCUGUCCCUGUCCCUGCUGCUGCUGCCCCCACAGCCACCCUCUGCCCAGAGGAGACCCCUCUGCCCACCCCAAAGUCCACUCCCGUCCCGGACGAAGAUUCCCCCAUCCCACCCCCGGCAUCCUACAGAUGGGACCCGGACAACUUUGAGGACAUCGACCCAUUCAGUACCGGCGGCAGCAAGAUCGCCAACUCGCCUGAGCUCGCCAGGAAGACCUUCAGCUCGGGAGUCGACCCGGCUGAGAAGCCCGUACCCGCUGCCACUGCGGCCACUGCAGCUCCGGCUGUCCCAGACGAGGAGACCCCGAUCUCCGUCCCAGCGGUCAGUGCUGUGAGCGCGGAGGAGCAGCCGCUGAACAAGCGCCAGCCCGUCAGGCUGGAGUUCGACUACUCGGAGGAGAGCGGAGAGACUCCUCCUAGUGCUGCGCCGCCGCCCAAGAAGCUGGGGAAGAAGCCCGGCGCCAAGAUGCCCCUCCGCAAGCCCAAAUUCGGCCUGAAGAAGGCCGCCCCGCCGCCACGGCUGGAACCGCUGGACAACGCACCUGCCGCGCCUACAGCCAACAACGAGGAUGACAUUCCCAUCCCCAAGGGGAGCUACAACUUCGACCCCAACAAGUGGGACGACCCCAACUUCAACCCAUUCUCGUCGACGCAAAGCGUUAUCCCCAACUCCCCACGCCUUUCCCAGGGCGGCUACAGUUUCGAUCAGGACGCCAUUGACUCCAUCGACCCCUUCAAGUCCUCCAACAAGAUGACCAGCUCGCCACCCAAGCCCUCUACGUUUGACGUGUCAGCUAAUGACAAUGAAAAUGACAAUGACAAUGUCGGGGAGCUGGAGGAUCAAAACCAGAACAAACUAGCAAAGAAGAAGAAACCAAUCAAGUCCAACACUUUCAGGGUGAAGAGGUCACCAAAGAGGUCCCCAAUUACUGACCCAGCCACCCAGUGUUGUCCUGUGUGUUCGUCGCAUGCCUCCCCCCUCCCCCACUCGCAUCAUCCCGAGCAGGAUCCUCUGGAUCUGGACUCGCCUGACCCCCCUCCUGCCCCCACACAGGACCAUGCCACUGACGAGGAGAAGCUGGCCUCCACCAACCAGAAGUGGACCGCUCGCCACGACGUGGAGGCAGAGCUUACCUCCGACGUCCAGGACUAUCCGCAGCCCUCCGACCUGACGGCGUUCGUCAACGAGAACAAUGCGACAGACUAUGAGAUUGAAUACAUGGAGAAGAUUGGCACUGGCACGCCUCCUCCGUCCUCAAAGAAGCCGUCUCUGUACCUAAAGCUGGACUCUGUGACUGACAGCGCAAGCAAGAGUUCUGACAUGCAAGGGUCAGAACCAAGCUCCCCCUGCACAGGGAGCUUUGAGGAGAUGGAGGCCCAGAUCACGGCCAGCUCCAAGUCGCCGGUGCUGUCUACGUCCCGCACGGCCCCUGAAGGCUCUGCCUCAGAGAAGAGCAGGAAGAGAGAGAGCGAGUCCCACACACACGCCACAGAGCGCGACGGAGCGCAGCCCCCCACGCAGGUCGCUGCCGACCCCUCCACCCUCCCCCUCUUAGACAGGCUGGCUGAUUCAGGCGAGCAGCUCAGCUAUAUGGAGCCUGACCUGGCUGAGACCAACCCCACCGCCUUCGCCCAAAAACUCCAGGAGGAGCUGGUUCUUGCUGCCUUGAGGAUGGAGGCUCUGCAGGUAGCCAAGAGCAUCUCUCAGAGCCCCUCCCUAGCCAAUGUAUCCCCCAAACAGUCUCGUCUCAAGAAGCCCAGCACUCGGAGGUGGAAUCGCAACGGUUCACCCGCGGCAAAAAGGGAGGUGUCGUCGCCUGCGGAGAACGUGGUCUCCAAGACCUCCCUGUACUCGCGGCCUGGAUACAGCGAGGGAGAGAGCCCCUAUCUACCCCGGGAACUGGAUCACUCCCUGGGCAUCGCCCGAGAGGAGAUCGUGGGCAAAGAGAAGGAGGUGCAGGAGUGGAAGAGGAAAUACGAGGAGAGUCGACAGGAAGUGGUGGAAAUGAGGCGGAUUGUGGCCGAGUAUGAGAAGACCAUUGCACAGAUGAUCGGCAUGCCUGAGGAUGAUCAGAGGGACAAGUCGCUGUCACAUCACACCAUCCAGCAGCUGAUCGUGGAGAAAGACCAGGCUCUGGCUGACCUCAACUCUGUGGAGAAGUCACUAGCCGACCUCUUCCGGCGCUACGAGAAGAUGAAGGACGUGCUGGAAGGCUUCCGGAAGAAUGAGGACGUUUUGAAGAAGUGUGCUCAGGAAUAUUUGUCACGAGUCAGGAAAGAGGAGCAAAGAUACCAGGCCCUGAAAAUCCACGCAGAGGAAAAGCUUGACAAGGCCAAUACGGACAUCGCCCAGGUGCGGUCGAAGGCCAAACAGGAGCAGGCGGCCUACCAGGCCAGUCUCAGAAAGGAGCAGAUGAAGGUGGACUCACUGGAGCGCACACUGGAACAGAAGAACAAAGAAAUCGAGGAGCUCACAAAGAUCUGUGAUGAGCUGAUCGCCAAGAUGGGGAAGAGCUAGCCAGGGUGAUGGGAGCUAAUGCCUCUGCCUCCUCCUGCCACACACCGUCCAGGACCAUCUCAGAAACCACAGAGGCAGAAGAGCCCCACGUCCCAUGUUUCCUUCACACUGUUGGCAAACAGACUCGAGUCCUUUUGAUUUCUGAUUUUACACUACUGACUUUGCUCAUGUAGCCUGGCAACAGCGCACCCACUUGGAAUGGGAGGACUUCUCUGAGAGUGGGAGUCCAGUAUAUCCUACUGUAAUUAAUCUGUACAUUUUGAUGUUUCCAUGUGUACCAAGGGGUGACUUGGUGCGUCGGGGGGGGGGGGCUUGUGCUGUAUCAGGGGUCUUGUGAAAGCUUUUAGAAAUGUACUCCCCAUCAGUAGAAAUGUUGAAUGAGAGUUUGCCCGUCUGUGUGUGAGUGAGUGGUGGACAAGAGAGAAGGCAUGAUAGAGAGAGAGUGUGUGCGAACGAGCCUGAGAGAAUGAUGUAGUGAUGAGGUUGCUCGCCAACCGUGUCGCCAUGACGACCACUGAUGGAGCCGACUGUUAACCCCUCUAACUCCUGCAUUCCCUCCCUGUUGAGGAGGCUGCCUGAAACGCCGAGAAACAUACAGUAGUAGAUGUCGAGGAAACACGACGACACCCAUGUAGACUGCUAAUCAGCGCUUCAUUCAGUGAUCAUGAAAAGAGCCACUUGCCACCAUAAGAGAGAUCAUUACUUGCAUGUGAUAGAACGAGUAUCCACACAAUACCCACGUCCCUCUUUGUACAUAUUGUAUUAGGCCUCCCAUUGAGUAGAGACAUUAUGAAACCCACCUGCUGGUUUUGAUACACUCUGUAAGUUUUAAACCGCCUCCUGUGUGUACCUUUGUAGAUACUGUGCAUUUACAUACUUCCUGGCUUCUUAGCAGAUACCGAUGUGAUUUUAUUUUUUCCAGGGGAUUUUAUUUUGAUAUUAAUUAACCUUAUUAUGGUUAUUGUCAAUGGUACUGAUUUUAAGAAGUGUAAUUUAAUUUGGAUCGACUUGUCUUAAUCCUGCUACGGUUGAUGUGUCACCUGGGGCUGGGGAACAGCCCUCAUCAGCUACUAUGGCACCUGCUUACAAAAAAAAAAUGUGCAAUAAAGGAUGGCAAUAAAAGA